UGGUAUUCUCUCGCUCAUAUCCCCGCCCAGUUAGCGAGUUCCGAUGAAUCUCAACAAGCGCUCCCAAACAGUUUUUGCCCGCCCACUUGUUGCAAGCUGAUUGGCUGAGUCGGUGGAGAGGCGUCGUUUGAAUUUGAGUUCAGUUCGUGUUUUUGUUGUGUGUGAGAACCAAGGACUGUUUGUUCGGUUUCCGGUGAUUUAUAAAACAUUGAACUCUGGAAUAUUGUUCAACAUAACGGACAGACCUGAGCUGUAGUGGUUUUCCUCCUGUGGUCCUGAGCUGUGUGUUGGAGGCGAUGCGUCAUGAUGAUUCAUCAGCCAGCCGUCGGAAGGGCAAAACCCCCCAACGCCGACCCCCGCCGCCGGGCCCAGGGGCCUCCGGGUCAACACCCCGGUCCCCAAGACUCAGUGGAAGUUCAAGAAAGCCCCCUGCGUCUCCCAAGAAGAGACGGUUUCGGCCUGGGACCCGGGCCUUAAUGGAGAUCCGCAAGUACCAGAAGAGCUCCGAUCUUCUGCUCAGGAAGGGACCCUUCUCUCGCCUGGUCCGUGAGGUGUGCCAGAGUUUUUCCCAUGAGGCUCUCAGAUGGCAGGUCUACGCUCUUCUGGCCCUGCAGGAGGCUGCAGAGGCCUUUCUGGUCAUGUUGUUCUCCGACGCAAACCUGUGUGCGAUCCACGCCAAGCGGGUCACGCUGUUCCCCCGGGACAUUCAGCUGGCCAGGAGGAUCCGCGGGGUGGACAACUUGUAAAAACGGGACAGGACAGAGUGGACGAGCAAGCCACGGCAACAGGAAGGACACUCACAGGACACGCUUUCCCCUGCAGUCUGUUCUGAGACUGUGAUACUGCUUAGAAUGUGUUAAACGGGAUAAAUGUUUUAAACGUUGAUUGUGAUUGUGUGCUACAUUUUGGGAACUUGGGCUACUGAGUUCUUGGGAAAAGAAAUCACUUGACCUGGCAGAUCAUCACAGGUGUUAUGAAAAGGUUCAAGUUACCGACUGUUAGUCACUUUUAACUGUCAGAAAAUAAUCCCUGUCAAGCAGUCGUAUUUUUAUACUUGUGUACUUAUAUUUGCAUAAUGUGUUAGUUUGAUGAGUGUAUCGCUUUUGAUAUAUAAUAAUGUGUACAUAUUGUUCCACAUUCAUGAUCUUACAUUGUUAAUAAACCGCAGGAUUUGUUUCUAU